AUGGGAAACCGAUCUUCUACCUCGUCCUUCUCAUCCAAAGAGAUCUCAUCGGCCAAUCAUACACAACGACAACAUACGUUCGAGCCAGCAAAACCAUUCACAAUCUCCCCUCCAAGACCGAAGAAAGAGUUGUUAAAAGGAAAAUCUCAUAAUACAAUCAUGAUUCAUCAUUCUCAUGACAAGACUAAUCACUUGGAUUAUUCCAAGCCUUCACAGAGCAUUACUCGAUUCGGAUCUUUACCAGCCACAUUCAAGUCGAAAAAGGUAUAUCCAGUGAAUGUUCACGAAAAAUUCUCAUGUACAACUGAUGAUGAGGAUGAUGAAUUCAGUGAGAGUAGCGAGGAUGAGGAAGACACACAAAGAACAAGCCCAGUACAGCUAAUACCGAAUUCAAGAGAAGUAUUUCAAGCAUUAUUUAAAAAGUCUGAGAAAUUAUUGGACGAGCUCAGCAAUGAUGCAAAGAGGAAAACAAUGGUGACGAACAACGACUGCAUUCUACAGCAAUCGAAAUCAACCAUAAGAAGUAUAUCAGAUCCUGUGGCCAUUCUUUCAAGGAAACAUUCUGUAUCUAGAAGAAGAUCUUACUCCCUUUCUCCGCCUCCAAAAACAAAAGGUUCUUCUUCCUCUUCAUUAGUGAAUCUUGGAAAUAACGAAAUUGCAAUCAUUGUGACCAGACCUACCACACUGUCUAGUGUUACUUCUGAAUGUCCAUCCACGGACACUUCUGAACUCUUCAUCCGAAAGCCUUUAUACAUGCAUCAUCAUAGACAAACCAAGCUAUGGUAA